AUGUCUGAACAACCCUCUGAAUCGGCCCGCCAGGCCAUCGUCCCCGACACCGCGGCCGGCCGUCGUUUCGACGCCGUCGUGGCCGAACUGUUCCCCGAAUACUCGCGUUCGCGCCUGACCGAGUGGAUCAAGGCGGGCGACGUCCUGCUGGAUGGCGCCCAGGUGCGCCCGCGCGACCCGCUGCGCGGCGGCGAGGUGGUCACCCUCACGGUGGUGCUCGAGACCCAGACCGACGCCCAGCCGGAGGACAUCCCGCUGGACGUGCUGUUCGAGGAUGAGCACCUGCUGGUGAUCAACAAGCCGGUCGGGCUGGUGGUCCACCCCGGCGCGGGCAACCACAGCGGCACCCUGGUCAAUGCCCUGCUGUUCCGCGACCCGUCGGUGGCGGUGCUGCCACGCGCCGGCAUCGUGCACCGCCUGGACAAGGACACCAGCGGCGUGAUGGUGGUGGCCAAGACCCUGGAGGCGCAGACCGCGCUGGUCGAGCAGCUGGCCGCACGCGACGUGCACCGCCAGUACCUGGCCAUCGUGAUGGGCGCACUGGUGGCCGGCGGCACGGCCGAUGCGCCGAUCGACCGCCACCCGCGCGACCGCCUGAAGAUGGCCGUGCGCGAGGACGGCAAGGAAGCGAUCACCCACUACCGCCUGCGCGAGCGCUUCCGUGCGCACACCGCGCUGGAGUGCCGCCUGGAAACCGGCCGUACCCACCAGAUCCGCGUGCACAUGGCGCACGUGCGCCACCCGAUCAUCGGCGAUCCGCUGUACGGCGGCGCGCUGAAGCUGCCCAAGGGCGCCAGUGACGAGCUGGUGGCCGCGCUGCGCGGCUUCAAGCGCCAGGCCCUGCAUGCCGAAACCCUGGAGUUCACCCACCCGAUCACCGGCGAGCCGGUGCGCAACACCGCACCGGUGCCGGAAGACAUGCUGCACCUGAUGAAGGCCGACUGGCCAGCGCCAGCAGGCGUCCAUGCGCUGACCACGCGCCGGCAUGGCGCGGGCAUCUCGCCGGCGCCGUUCGCGCAGUUCAACCUGGGCAACCGGCACGCGGCCGAUGGUGAUACCCCGGCCAAUGUCGAGCACAACCGCCAGCUGCUGCAGCAGGGGCUGGCGCUGCCGUCUGCGCCGCAUUGGUUGCGCCAGGUGCACAGCAGUACCGUGCUGCGCUUCAACGCACCACCGGUGCCGGGCGCCAGUGAGCCGGUGGCCGACGCUGCGGUGACCUCGGUGCCCGGCGUGGUGCUGGCGAUCCUGACCGCCGACUGCCUGCCGGUGGUGUUCGCGGCCACCGACGGCAGUGAGGUGGGCGCGGCCCAUGCCGGCUGGCGCGGGUUGGCCGACGGCAUGCUGGAGGCCACCGUGGCCGCCCUGGAGACACCGCCAGCGCAGUUGCGGGCCUGGCUGGGCCCGGCUGCCGGGCCGGCCGACUACGAGAUCGGCGAAGAGGUCUUCCACGCUUUUGUCGGGCAUGACCCGGCUGCGGAGGCGGCUUUCAUGGCGACCCGGCCCGGGCACUGGAAGGUGGACCUGUUCGCGCUGGCCCGCCAGCGCCUGCAGGCCGCCGGCAUGGACCCGGCGCAGGUGCAUGGCGGCACGGUGUCGACCAUGGCCGACCCGGACCUGUACUCGCACCGGCGCGACCGUCGCACCGGGCGCAUGGCGACGCUGGCCUGGAUCGCGCGCUGA